CGUGUAGGGGGUCAAUCCCUUCAAAGCCAAUCAGUCAUUGUUGAUCUAUCCCGUCUGUGCGAGCUGCUGUGACUGGGUGACGAAUUGACCAAGCACGACUUUCAGUCUGACGAGGACGAGUUAACGUCCUGUGUUGGGUCCCAUGUCAGUGGUCCUGGAAGAGGAUGAAGCCUGUCUUUGCCGUCGUGGUGGUCUUGUGCGUGUCUCGGUGUCUCGGGUGUGAAGGGGAAACGUACUGGUCAGAUGGGCUCUCCGUCUUGAAGAUCUGUCGAGAUGCCGGGCAGUUGUCCUGCACAAAGGUUGAUGCAAGCGAUCUUCCACAGACCGGUGACGUGGAACGGGUCAGUUCAGAGCGUCUCAGCAACAUGUUGGCCACAUGUGGGUCUACCCCUAACAUCCGCCACAAGAGGUGGUCCAUCUCAACUAUCUACCCAGGUACAAAGUGGUGUGGAGGCGGAAACACGGCCAGUGGCUACAGUGACCUGGGGUCACUCACCAGGACGGACAGCUGCUGUCGCACACACGACAACGACUGUGCAUACGACAUUGUCAAAUCCAUGAAAUGUAAAGGAACGUUCUGUAUCCCGGUACCAUGGACAAGGCUACACUGCAGCUGUGACGACAUAUUCAACGCCUGCCUCAAAGAUGUCGCCAAGUCCGGAUCCUCCAGCUCCGCCGAGAAGACGGCUGCCAACGCCAUAGGCUGGAUUUACUUCAAUGUCAUGGGGCAGACUUGCUAUGUAAAACGCACCACCAAGAAACUGGUCUUCAAGAAAGGGAAACUGAUGUUAGUGAAGACAAGCACAGCUGUGUGGCAAUCUGUCAAACGCUUUUAGAUGAAAGAAGAGUGUUCUGUGCAUGUAAAUAUCAAGUAUUGAGCGAUAUCAUUUGCAUUUCUACAAUAAAUAUUUAAUUUACCCAGUG